AUGGUAAAGGAAAUUGCCAGUGAACGGGCAAACCAAAUCAAGAAGUCAGGACCUGAAGGACCCGUCGCGGAGCAAGGACGGUCGGAGGGGUGCAGCGAAGAGGCCAAGGGGAAGCGGAAGCACCUCGUUGAAGAUGGCCGAGGCAAGAGCCAAGAUGCUAAGGGACGAGGUCGAGCGGAUGCGGACGAUGAGGGCCCCGUACGAGGACAUGAGGACGAGUCAUUGUACAGGAGGCAUAUCGCCUCAAGCGAAGAGAGGAAAAGGCCCGGAAGGAAGCGGAAGCCGAGGAGGCCAAGAAAAAGGCGGAGGAGAAGAGAAGCGGUCCCGGAACACGGGACAGAACGGCUGCAAAAGUGGGAGGAGGAGGAACGCCAGUUGUGGCCGACUGAGGUCCUGGUGGAGGCAGUGCCCCUAAUCCCAGGAGGGAUGCAGGGAAUUCCCCCGACUCCCCGAUCCGGCGAGAACGAAGGUGCCAGUCACGGACCCGAGGCCCCGAACCAGUGGGUCCAGUCGGAUGGAUGGGUUCCCCACCAAUACCCAAACCCCCAUCCAAAGGAUUGGCACGAGCCACCUCCGACCCCCCGCCCGCAAGAAUGGCCGGAGGAUGACGACCGGCGAUCCCGCUCCAUAGCCCCCCACCACGUCAACAGGAGGCGAAGGCCCCACGCCCACCGAAAAUGGGCCCGGCCCAUGACCGCCCACGCCAGUAAUGACCAAGAGGUCUCGAGGAGAAGAGGCCGAGGACAGCACAAGGGGAUACCGCUCUCCAGCCCCCCUCCAUGUCAUCCAGAGGCAGAGAACCCCCACCCACCGAAGUGGACCCCGGCCCGACCACCCACGCCUCGGCACGGCCAGGAGGUCCGAGAGGAGGAACCGGAGGAACACAUCAAGGAGGAGGGUCCCAGACCAGGAGGAGGGGGGGAGCAGUGGCAGUACUGCCGCACAGAGAUCCCGCAGGCCCACGUCGCGCAUGCAUUAAAUGCAUUUGUGGCCGGCGGCGUCCAGUGGCGGCAACACACCGUCACGUGGACCUGGCCUGUCAGCGACGAGGCGAAGGCCACGGUAGGAGCGGAGACCCACAGCGCAGGACCCUCCAAAUCGAAUCAGACGGGACCCCAGGGUGCGCCGCGAAGACGCCGGGUGGUUGCCGCCGACACCGGAGACGGAGGAUGUCCUGGAGAAAGGGCCAUGGGUGUGGCCGACACCUACGGACAACCCGAGGGCCCAAACUCCAGCGGCAGAUCUCCGCCCCAGAGGCACGCGGCCCAGUGGCCAGGCCCACACUGGUGCGAAUGGCGUCCCGGACGGAGGGCGGAUCCUGGCAGGACAUCGCCGAGGAGGAGUGGCCAGCUGGCUUAUUGGAGCAGCCGACUAACUGUGCCGGCUGUAAUACCAACCAGUCCGGCUACAUUGGCUGUAAUACCGAUUAGUCCAGCUGCGUCGGCCGUAAUACCGAUCAGUUGUGCCGGUUAUAGGGCAGUGGGCCCCAAGGGAGCAACGUGGAACAACGCCACAACCAGUCGCGCAGGACGACGACGUGGAUAA